GGGUUCGGGGUUGCGCGGGGACCGCCGCCUUCCCUCCGCGCCUGGCUGGGUUGCAUCUCGCCGAGCCCUCCACCGGGCGCCCCCGCCCUGAAGGUCACCUUCACUGUCGCCCCCGCCUGCGGCCCGGGCUUCACACGUGGGGUCCCGGGGCGGGCAGCGGCGGCUAACACACGCGUGCCAGAUCGCGGGGAGACGUGCACGCGCAUGCAGUUUCGGGGUGUGCCGGCUCCGCAGACGGACGGACGCGGCGGCCCCACCCCCUACGCCCCCGGGCAUGGGGAACUCUCCGGACUGGGGUCACUUGACACUUGCUCCGUCAAGCACCCCCUUCGCGUCAGGAUCCCAAGCAUUCCCUGUGCACAGGGCUGCAGGCUUGCGAGUUAGACCUAGCUUGGGACUUCUCAGGCUUGGUCUGUGGGAAGAGUGCAAGUUGGGGUGUGUGUUUCGUGAGGGGGUUUCUGUGGUUCGUUCCCGGAGGCAAGGCUUUAACUCCAGGUCUGCAGAGUCUGAUCUCCGUCCUGUAAGAUGUCGGCCUGGAGGGCAGACCUGGGGGUCUGCCUGUGUAUGGGGGCAAAGCCAAACUCCUUGGCAGGAGGUGGUGUUUGUGCCAGAACUUGAUCAUUAACCCGCCUUAUUGCGAAAAGUGGGUCAGCCCAGAGUUGCUGUUUUUAAGGCAAAGGUCAUCAGCAUGGAGUCAAGCUCCCAGCUCUCCCCCGUGGGGCUGUGUGGCAUUGGCUUUGGGAGUGGCUGCAGUUUUUCUCAGGUGGGGCCUGCCUCUCUCCUGGGCCUCCUCUGUUUCCUCUGUUUCUUCCAUCACAUCUUUGACUACAACCCUGAGGUUGGAAGCCCCUUCCCAGCCCUUGGGUUGUCAUCUCCAAACCUUCCUCAGAGUCCCAGGGCUGGGCUGUGUCCCUCUGUGCCCUGGGUGACAGUGGGAGUGCAGAACUCCCCGUGCCUCCCACUCCCCAUAACUCUCCUCAAAAGGGACUUGUCAUCUUCAUCUCCCUUCCCAGCUUGGGUGAGUCAGGACGGGAACAGUGUUAGGUGGGUUCUCUGACCCUGUAACUGAUCACAGCCAGGUUAGCUGAUGGUGGGGGAUAGGUACUGUGGCAGCUUUGCUGAUUGCCUAGAGAAGGCCAAGGUUUGGGCAGAAUGACAAAUGCUGAUGACUCCAGCCUGCCAGGCUUCACCCUGAUGAGGUUCUGAAUCAGUGGAGCAGGCUAGAUAAGAGGAGGUCGAUUUCCCCUCCAGCAAAGAGACCUGAAGAGAGGAAGCGACUUGGCCAAGGUCACACAGCAAUUCAGCAUUUGGAUUUCCAGCUCACAGCCAGAUUGCCAAGGCUGCCCUGGCCUGUCCCAGAGGAAGCUGGGAGAGGCAUGUUGGCUGGGAUCAUAUGCUGAGAACAUAGGGACUGAGGAGAGGGGAGAGUGUUGGAGAAUUUCUUUGAGGGGGUCUGUCUGGGGCAACCUGGGUCAGGGGAGGGUACAGCUGUUCAUUUUGGGGAAACUGGAAGCAUACUAGCAGGUGGAACAUUGGCUCCCUAAGCCUCUGGGAGGCUUGUAUAGAGCUAGGACUUGAAUUAUAGCCAGUCCGAAUCUAUUCAAAGGAGGAGGAGGCCUUAAUGGAGACCCCCAACAGGCCCUCACCCAGGCUUCUGACCUCAGAACCCAGCUCUGGAAGUCCCCUUGAGGGGGACUAGUCCCCUUGAGGAGGUGAUCAAGGCCUUUUAUGGGGGGACCAAGGAUCAGUUGCCUUGUUGGGAAAAAAGCUAGUUUUAGGGGUUAAGAGAAUAGCAGGUUUUUCAAGUUUAUGGUGGUGUGUCGAGUUCCUUCUGCCUAGGCGAGGGCUCCUUGGAGCUGAGGCCCAAAGCGGAGGGGAAGGGGGCUGGCAGACAGGAGAGGAACUUGGGGGCUUAGGGGAGCUCCUGGACAGGACCCCAGAGCUCUUCUUUUGGGUAGGUCUGAGCAGAGCAGCUCAGGGAACACUGGACUCUCCCCAGACCCUGCAGACCGCUUCUGGCCUGGGUGGAGAUGGGAAGGAGGCAAACAGAUGCCUACCUCCUUGGGAUCUUCCUUAGGCUACCUGCCCCCACCCCUUUCCCUUGAAGCCCCAGAUUCCUGGGAUGGGGUGAUAUGCCUUCUGAGGCCUAACUUCCUGCAGGAGCCUCACCCUGUGAGGUUUUGGCUAGGGCGGGGCCUGGCCCUGGCACAGUCUACUGAGUGAGGCCAUGCCAGGCUGGGAAACGCACACAGGGGCCACCUGGGAUGGCUUACGUUUCUUUUCUGACUCCUUUCAGCUGCCCAUUGGGUCCACGUUCUCCCGGGCCAGGCCAGGGCUGUGCUUUAUCUCUUCAUUCUGGGGGGCGGGAGGUGUAUGCCAUGCAGUUUGGGCAGCCCCUUCCCAUUCUGCAGAGGAUCACCUCUCUCCUUCCCUAAAGCCCAGAUGCUCAGGGGUACCCCCUGGGGUAAGGAAGCAGGGGUGUAGAGGAAGGGGGUACUGUUUACCUGGUGGGCGCUGCAGCCUGGGGGCUGGCGCUCAGGCCUGGGCUUGGGCGUCUGACAGACCUGGUUGUUUUCUUGACCUGGCUUGGCUGCCUGUUGCCUCUGCGACCUUGGGCAGCUUGGUUACUAACCUUCUGGAGCCGCAGUUUCCUCAAGUGAGAUGGGCUGGUCGAGCUGCUGGAGGGACCUGCCACGGGCUGGGCCUAGAGUGAGCGUUGGCUCUGUGGUAACCAGGGUGGGAGUGGUUGCAGCAGUUACGCAGGGGUCACUGCCAGGCUGCUCUGCCCCCCCCUUCUCCACAGGGCUGGGGUGUGUCUGGGGAGGGCGGCGGAAGAAGAGGGGCUCUGCCGGGGCCUGGCCCUCCGCGGAGUGUGCGCGAGCCAGAACCCUCGGCGGGGGGUGCGGGGAGCCGUGGGCCUGUUGGGUGCCGGCCCUUCAGGGCUGCGUGGAGGGGGCCUGAGGGAGCCUGGCUGCCGCCCCCACCCUGGUUAGUACGGCUGCCGGAGCAGGCCCGCCUGGGCCCUGGCAACAAGUCAGAGGCCCUGGGAAGGCGCCCUGGCAAGGCUGGGCAUGUUCCUUCUCCACAGCCGCGCGGCCUUUGGUCUCUCGCUGCCAGCUCUGUUUUCCCCAGGGGAGAGACUUGGUUUUCUCCUGGCAGCGCAGGGGCUGCUGGGGAGGGAAGUCGGAGCCUGCCAGCUUCUUGGUGGAGCUGGAGGCCUGGGGCACGGGUGCAGUUGUCCUCUGGGCGCCUGGGGUUAGGGUUCCCACCAGAGCUAGUGACUCUCAGGAAGGGGAGAGCUGUCAGGUCACCUGCAGGGGGCAGCACGAGCCAGAGGCCCCAGCCAGCCUCUUGACCCAGGAGGUGGGCAGGGUGCUCAGUGCAGCCGGUGGACAGGGGGGCAGCCACCUCGUGGCCUGGGCCCGAGUCUGUGCCAGCUGUUGCCGGCAGCCAGCUGAAGUGGUCCUGCCCACCCCCACUGGGGUUGGGGCCGAGGAGAGGACUCCCUUGCUGGGCUCUACCCCUGCCAGCCAGUCCCCAGGGCCCUCGAUCCUGAGGGGCCCAGGUACCCCAGACGCUGGGUUCUCCUGCCCCGCUGCUUCACCAGGAGGGACCCUCUUUUUGGGGAUACAGGGAGAUGGGCCUGAGCACUGGUGGCAGCUCCACCUGGGGUCCUGGAGCCACCAGGGCCUCCGGGCCCACGGCCGUCCUUCUGGCCGACCUUGAGCAGGAUGCGAGGCCGGGGGACUGUGCCCUUCCCAGGGCCGCCCAGCAGGCCUGGCCCUGCUGAAACCCGAAGCCAGCCGGCGGCCAGCUGCAUGGCGGCAAGGGUAGAGGCAGAGGCCGGGACGAGGCACCCAGGCAGUGCCGGGCCUGAGCUGGAGGGCUGGCUGACUCGCCGCCAUGGAGGUCCUGUGACUCCAGAACGCGGGCUGGGGCAGCCGCCGACCACACCAGGUGGGCUGUGGGGACAGGGAGCCAAGUGGCUGGCCUCUGGUGGGGAGGCCACUGGGCCUUGAUCCGCUGUAGGGAGACCUUGAGGGUGCUUUGCAGGAGAGAGGAGGGGCAGGGCGGGCUGGCCUUAGGGGAGUGGAGGCCCCUGGGAACCAGCCACAUUCCUUUGAAAUCUGAUAGGAGAUUGGGUGCCCCCUGGGGCGGGAGCCUGCAACAGUGGUGCCUUCUGGGCAGGCUCCCUGAGCCAGGGGGGGAGUGGGAGCUGUGGCUACCCUUGCCCUCCUCUCUGUCCUCCUGGCCCAGACUCAGGGAGCACAGGCCACCUGUCUGGGUCCAGGCCUCUGGUUUCCCACUUUUGGGGUCUCAGAGACCUCAAAGCUGCUGUUCUGUAUUGGGCAGGGGCCCCCUCAUCCUGAGGGCUGGUCAGCCAGCAAAGCCUUUCUCAAGGCCUCAGCUGGGGGAAGGCCGCCUCAUAGCUGUCACCCCUCUUGCUGCAUUUUGAAAACUGACCAACCACCACCCUUCUCCCACCCUCCUGUCCCUGUCUGCCGUGUCACAGAGUCAGCCAGGUUCUCCCUUUGGGGCCGGCUGCUCAGUUUCCAGGGGCUUGGGGUUGCCCCGCCUAGGACUGUGGGCUCACUUGAAGGAGAGGUCCUUGUGCGUCCUUGUAGUUGUUGGGAGUUUACCUUCAGGUUAGGAGCGGUGUGCUGGGGACGGAGGUGGCGACAGCUGCUGAAGGCCCGCCGUGGGCCAGGACUGAGGGCAGGGCAGCCAUGUGGUAGAGGGGCUCUCCAGGGGGAAAUCUAGGGUCCACUCUUGACCCUGGGCAAGGCACUGAACUUCUGGGCCUCAGACAUCCUUAUUUGGGGGAAGGAGGAGGGGACCGUAUCUGAGCUCCUGGCCGUUCUGUUUAUCACUCAGUUGAGGGGACGCGGGAAGAGGGAGUGGCUUCUCUCCACGUCCCGUUCCCGGUCCCCCCGCGUGCCCUUGUGUGUCAGGCGUAUCUGGACUUCUAUCCAUUUCCCGAGGCCCCUGCUCCAUGUUUCUGGUAGGUCUGGGUAGAGCCCACACAGCUCUGGGGAGGUGCACCCCGUCCCCACUCCUCACAGCUGGGUAGGGAAGAGGAGGUGGAGUCUGGAUGGGUUGGGGUCCAGAGCAGAGCUGGCUGAGCUGACCUGUCUGGAGCUCCCAGAUAAGCAAGGGGCCAGUCUGGCUGCCAGGCAGGCCCUGGGCCGGAAAGCCCCGUGGGCCGGUGGGGCUCCAGGCAGGCCUGUGUUUUGCUGGAGGGUUUCUGCAAGGACAUCCUCCUCUCCCCCAGCGGGGCAGGGCGGGAAGGGCUCUCCGCUGUCCCCCUUCGUGCCUGCGGAGAAAUGGGAGCUUUUGCCACCUGCUCCUUCUCCCCACGACAUGUGUGUCGGUUGCUGGUCACGAGUGCGGGGAUUUUACAGUAAUUAAUUCAUUAAUUCAGUGCCUUUCUGUUGAGCGCGGGCAAGACAGGAGGAGGAAGAUAGAGCUGCUGGUGUGAACAGCCCCCCGAGUGCAGCACGACACUGCUGCCAGGGGUCAUUGGUCAGGCUUCAGAGAAGAGAGUUUAUUUCACCUGGGCCUUGACGGAUGAGUAGGAGUCUGCCUGAUGGAAUGGUAUAUGGGGGGCAGCAUACACAAAAGCGCAGGUAGGAGGGAAAAUGUGUGGCUUGUUCUUAGGCUUCCGGGUAGUUUGGUGUAGCUGCACCUUGAUGGGGAGAACUGGCAGGGGCUGAGGUGGACUUCAGGCCUAAGAUGUUCGGUUCCUGUGAGUGGUAGAGCAGUGGAGAGUAUUAGAAGGUUCUGAGUGGUACCUUUUUUUUUUUUUUGGAAGAGGAAAAAGAGCUAUAUUUAUUUGAUUCUAUGGAUUUUCACUUAUUCCUAUUAACCAUUAAUUAUGCUGAUUUACCAUUAAUUGAAAUAUUUUAUCUUUUUUACUAUGGUCACCUUUAAUAACAACUUAAAAAUCACUUUACUUAAAAAAGGAGUUAUCUAUAUUUACCAGAAUUUCGUUUGUAGAAGCACAAGUGUUGACUUUGGAUCACCCUUAGCUACUCAUCUGAGGAUAUGGUCACACCAUGGAAAUGAAGAUCACUUGUAGACUUUGGAUAUAAAACAUGAACAGUUCACAAAAAGCUGCCAUCAGUCAUGCUGUUGAAUGGGGACUGCCCGGAGAGCCUGAAAAAGGAAGAGGGGGCUGCCGAACCGCCCCGGGAAAAUGGGCUGGAUGAGGCUGAGCCGGGAGAGGAGACCACUGGACAGGAAGUCAUUGUCAUUCAGGACACGGGCUUUUCUGUGAAGAUCCUGGCUCCUGGGAUCGAGCCCUUCUCCCUCCAGGUGUCCCCCCAGGAGAUGGUACAGGAGAUCCACCAGGUGCUCAUGGACCGUGAAGACACAUGUCACCGCACCUGCUUCUCACUGCACCUGGACGGCAACAUGCUGGACCACUUCUCAGAGCUGCGCAGUGUGGAGGGGCUGCAGGAGGGCUCGGUGCUACGCGUGGUGGAAGAGCCAUACACGGUGCGAGAGGCCCGCAUCCACGUGCGCCACGUUCGAGACCUGCUCAAGAGCCUGGACCCAUCCGAUGCCUUCAACGGGGUUGACUGCAAUUCCUUGUCCUUCCUGAGUGUCUUUACUGACGGCGACCUGGGAGACAGCGGGAAGCGGAAGAAGGGCUUGGAGAUGGACCCCAUCGACUGUACCCCGCCUGAGUACAUCCUUCCCGGGAGCCGGGAGCGGCCGCUGUGUCCUCUGCAGCCCCAGAACCGUGAUUGGAAGCCCCUGCAGUGCCUGAAAGUGCUCACCAUGAGCGGCUGGAACCCACCCCCUGGGAAUCGCAAGAUGCACGGGGACCUCAUGUACCUGUUCGUGAUCACAGCCGAGGACCGACAAGUCAGCAUCACGGCGUCCACUCGGGGGUUCUACCUGAACCAGUCCACAGCGUACCACUUCAACCCCAAGCCUGCCAGCCCCCGCUUCCUCAGCCAUUCCCUGGUGGAGCUGCUCAACCAGAUCAGCCCAACCUUCAAAAAAAACUUUGCCGCCCUGCAGAAGAAAAGGGUCCAGCGCCACCCGUUCGAGAGGAUCGCCACCCCAUUCCAGGUAUACAGCUGGACAGCGCCCCAGGCGGAGCACGCCAUGGACUGUGUGCGCGCAGAGGAUGCCUACACCUCCCGGCUGGGCUACGAGGAGCAUAUUCCAGGACAGACCCGGGACUGGAAUGAAGAGCUGCAGACAACGCGGGAGCUGCCUCGGAAGAACCUGCCUGAGCGGCUGCUGCGAGAAAGAGCCAUAUUCAAGGUACACAGCGACUUCACAGCGGCAGCCACGCGGGGCGCCAUGGCAGUCAUCGAUGGCAACGUGAUGGCCAUCAACCCCAGCGAGGAGACCAAGAUGCAGAUGUUCAUCUGGAACAACAUCUUCUUCAGCUUGGGCUUUGACGUCCGCGACCACUACAAGGACUUCGGGGGGGACGUGGCGGCCUAUGUGGCGCCCACCAAUGACCUGAAUGGCGUGCGCACAUACAAUGCCGUGGAUGUGGAGGGGCUGUACACGCUGGGCACGGUGGUAGUGGAUUACCGCGGCUACCGUGUCACGGCCCAGUCCAUCAUCCCCGGCAUCCUGGAGCGGGACCAGGAGCAGAGCGUCAUCUACGGCUCCAUUGACUUUGGCAAGACGGUGGUGUCGCACCCACGUUACCUGGAGCUGCUGGAACGCACGAGCCGGCCCCUCAAGAUCCUGAGGCACCGGGUGCUCAACGACCGGGAUGAAGAGGUGGAGCUCUGCUCCUCCGUGGAGUGCAAGGGCAUCAUCGGCAACGACGGUCGCCACUACAUCCUUGACCUGCUGCGCACCUUCCCCCCCGACCUCAACUUCCUGCCCGUGCCCGGUGAGGUGCUGCCCGAGGAGUGCACCCGCGCUGGUUUCCCCCGCGCCCACCGCCACAAGCUCUGCUGCCUGCGCCAGGAGCUGGUGGACGCCUUCGUGGAGCACAGGUACCUCCUCUUCAUGAAGCUGGCAGCCCUACAGCUGAUGCAGCAGAAGGCCAGCAAGAUGGAGACCGCCCCGUCACUGGAAAACGGCGACCCCCCAUCCUCGGAGUCCAAGCCUGAAGACCCUCCAGCACCCGAGGUGGGAAGCGAGGAGGAGGGCAGCAGUGCUAGUGGCCUGGCCAAGGUGAAGGAGCUGGCAGAGACCAUCGCCUCGGAUGACGGGACAGCAGAUCCUCGCAGUCGGGAGGUGAUCCGCAACGCAUGCAAGGCUGUGGGCUCCAUCAGCAGCACGGCCUUUGACGUCCGCUUCAACCCCGACAUCUUCUCGCCAGGGGUUCGCUUCCCGGAGUCUUGCCAGGAGGAAGUUCGGGACCAGAAGCAGCUGCUAAAAGAUGCUGCUGCCUUCCUGCUCUCCUGCCAGAUCCCCGGCUUGGUGAAGGACUUCGCAGACCACGCGGUGCUGCCCAUGGACGGAGCCACGCUGGCCGAGGUGAUGCGUCAGCGCGGCAUCAACAUGCGCUACCUGGGCAAGGUGCUGGACCUGGUAGUCCGGAGCCCGGCCCGGGACCAGCUGGACCACAUCUACAAGAUCGGCAUCGGAGAGCUCAUCACCCGCUCUGCCAAGCACAUCUUCAAGACGUACUUACAGGGGGUCGAGCUCUCGGGGCUCUCGGCUGCCAUCAGCCACUUCCUGAACUGCUUCCUGAGCUCCUACCCCAACCCUGUGGCCCACCUGCCCGCCGACGAGCUCGUCUCCAAGAAGAGGAACAGGAGGAGGAGAAACCGGCCGCCAGGGGCAGCAGACAACACAGCCUGGGCUGUCAUGACCCCCCAGGAGCUUUGGAAGAACAUCUGCCAGGAGGCCAAGAACUACUUUGACUUCAGCCUCGAGUGUGAGACCGUGGACCAGGCCGUGGAGACCUACGGGCUGCAGAAGAUCACGCUGCUGCGGGAGAUCUCCCUGAAAACCGGAAUCCAGAUCCUGCUGAAGGAGUACAGCUUCGACAGCCGCCACAAGCCCGCGUUCACGGAGGAGGACGUGCUCAACAUCUUCCCUGUGGUCAAACACGUCAACCCGAAGGCUUCAGACGCCUUUCACUUCUUCCAGAGCGGGCAGGCCAAAGUACAGCAGGGCUUCCUGAAGGAGGGCUGCGAGCUCAUCAACGAGGCCCUGAACCUGUUCAACAACGUGUACGGAGCCAUGCACGUGGAGAUAUGUGCCUGCCUGCGCCUCCUCGCCCGCCUCCACUACAUCAUGGGCGACUACGCUGAGGCCCUCAGCAACCAACAGAAGGCUGUGCUGAUGAGCGAGCGAGUGAUGGGCAUCGAGCACCCCAACACCAUCCAGGAAUAUAUGCACCUGGCCCUGUACUGCUUCGCCAGCAGCCAGCUGUCCACGGCCCUGAGCCUGCUGUACCGCGCCCGCUACCUCACACUGCUCGUGUUCGGGGAGGACCACCCUGAGAUGGCCCUGCUGGACAACAACAUCGGGCUGGUGCUGCACGGAGUGAUGGAGUGUGACCUAUCGCUGCGCUUCCUGGAGAAUGCGCUGGCCGUCAGCACCAAGUACCAUGGGCCCAAGUCCCUCAAGGUGGCCCUCAGCCACCACCUGGUCGCCCGGGUCUAUGAGAGCAAAGCCGAGUUCCGGUCAGCCCUGCAGCACGAGAAGGAAGGCUACACCAUCUACAAGACGCAGCUGGGCGAGGACCACGAGAAGACCAAGGAGAGCUCCGAGUACCUCAAGUGCCUGACCCAGCAGGCCGUGGCCCUGCAGCGCACCAUGAACGAGAUCUACCGCAAUGGCUCCAGCGCCAACAUCCCGCCCCUCAAGUUCACAGCCCCCAGCAUGGCCAGCGUCUUGGAACAGCUGAACGUCAUCAACGGCAUCCUCUUCAUUCCUCUCAGCCAAAAAGACUUGGAGAAUCUGAAAGCCGAGGUGGCGCGGCGGCACCAGCUCCAGGAGGCCAGCGGGAACAGGGAUAAGGCUGAGGAGCCCAUGGCUACUGAGCCAGAGCCAGCAGGGGCCUCAGAGGAUGCGGCCUCCCAGCCCCCAGCUGCCAAGGACCCUCCUUCCCUGAGCUUGCAGGGGUAG